AUGCCUGUAUGUCGGGUCGACCCACCCCGGCAGCCUCCAGGCUUCUUCUUACGUUUAUGGCUUUUCUUUGUCAAACUCGCCCACUCAUCUACAGACUUGUUCAAGUCAAGGGCUCCUUCCACAACAUUGCCAACGCCUGUGACAGCGGGAAGCCAGACCGUCCGUCAUAAACCGCCUGUUCCUAGACGACUCGAGCUAGUGGAUGUCAAGCUAUCCAACAGGCACACUCCCCAGCGAGGCUCCCAGAAAAACGGGCUUUCAAGUCAGUCCCCGGCAGAAAUCUACACAGGCACCCUCUAUCGCGAUGGUAGCGGUAAUCAGAAUGAAGACUUGCGAACCAAGAAACAUACAACCUCCUCGUUUUCCGGUUUCAUCGGACGGAUGGUUUCCCCUGGCUGUAUAUCCGAAGCUGGCGCUCUUCGUACACCAACUUCACUCCGCAGUUUUACCCAGCCUUUAGAUCGGGACUUGAGACGUUGCAAUAGCAUCACGCCUGUUGUAACUGAGAUGCGGAGCCCAGCUUUGCUAUCGAGCAGCCCUCUUCCACCCCGAAGACUUCCAUUGCGUAUCACUUCCAUCACAAAUGACUCGAUUCUAGGUUCAAACCCGAUGGACCCUCGUUUAACCAAUCUGCCUCAUUCAACUGCCCCCCGUCUUCGCAUAUCUUCGUCAGCGAGAUUCACUCAAGUGAGCACAUCUGAGUCGUUUCACAGUGUCAGUGUAUCCCCGUUUGCAAUUCGACGUGGGUUCUCAGGAGCAUCCGUGAAGGUACCUCACCCCUCGAUCCGUCUUGAAUCCCCUUGGAGCCCCCCGGACAAGACGCUACCUCAUGAUGUGUGGAUGAAUUCAGAAGGCGUCUUAGCCAACGUUCAAGGCCCUCUUCACGUUUCAUUCAAUGCUGCAAAAUCUUCCCAAGAUGAUGUUGUAGCCCUCCAACAUGGACCUUACACGCCGCUUCCAUGUGCUCCUUCUUCUCGGUUCUCGGACGACGGAGACGACUUUAUAUCCGUGUAUUCGAAUAUCUUCGACCUUCCGGAAGAAGAGAAAUAUGAAGAAGGAUCUAGUAAAGGCACAUCUCAAGGUGACUCAUUCGAUGUCAAUGCUGCAGACAAGAGCUCUCCUCCCAGCGGAGCAGCAGCAGUUUUGGUGAAGACAACUCCUGUCGAUGACUCCGUUAUCAUCAAACAUGAUGCUACCCAGGAUUCCGCUGAGGAUAUUGAGUUCAAGGACUCGGGUAAGAGUGACACAUCAUCGGAACUCGAAGAAGGCUUCUUCUAUGUCAUCUCUCAGUCAAAGUUUGAUCUGACCUUGGAUGACCAUACGUCUGGUCUCGCCUACAUCCCUUCUUCGAAGCACCGAGAAGCACAUUCGCUCAGCAUUGCGACUGAGCAUGUUGAUCACCCCGAUCGCGCCACCAAACGUUUCUCGCUUCCAUGUCUUCAUUCCAUCCGGGAAUUUGAUCAGAGCCCCCUUCGCCCCUCGACCUCGGACUCUUCCCCUUCCAAACAUCCCACCGCCGCAGAAAGCAGGAGCUUGAGAGCACUCGCUGACCUUAUAUCUCUGCUGGAUUUUGCUGCGAUGGAGGCUGCGGAGACCACUGGCGUUCCUAAUAUCCAUGGGUAA